UUGCCUCAUUGUGUUUUAGUAUUAUAUAUGCAAUAACCUACUCACCAGUCCAAGUUUUAUGUCCGAAGAAAAAGGAAAGUAUUCUUCUGCUAUACCAACUACUUUAAAAAUAAGAGGUGUAAGUGACUUAAAGGCCAUUAAAAAAAAGAAGAAAAAAAAACAUAAAAGUAAGACUCAAGAAUUAUCCGUUAAAGAGUCUAAAAGUUUGGAUGAUAAGCAGCUUGACUAUAUCGAAGAAAGGUUCAUCCUAGAUAAUCUUGGCGACAACAGAACAGCUGCUGAAAAAAAGUAUGAAGAAAUUCGGCAACAACGCGAAGAAGAACGCCUUAAAAAACGCGCUGCUCUUACACACAAACAGAAAGUUGAGAAAUUGAACGAGUAUCUGGCCUCUUUAAGUGAGCACUACGACGUACCAAAAGUGAGUUGGACGAAAUAAAGAAUC